GACUGGACAACAGUCUAGUAUGCAUCUUCGCAUGUUACUCUACACGUGUGUUUUUGUGUGUAGCUGUUUGACGUCAUGCCACGUCACGAUGAUGCUCGGCUCUACCUUUUCCUCCACUCUCUCAUCAGUCUCAUCCUUCAGACUUGUGAGCAGACGAGCAUCACAAACUUAUGAGGAGUGAACCCGUGAAGACCAUAAAUACAAUCUCACCCACAACACAUCCAGCUGGACUCUCAUCCGCAUACUUUUCCAGCAGAUCAUCUUUGACUCAUCUUGAGAUUUUAUUCGUGCGGUUUUUCACUUAUGUCCCGCAAAUCCAGCGAUGACUAUCAUCUACGUAGUAUGAGCAAUCUGAUGAGUGAGAGGAGAAAGCGAGUGUCGGAUGAUGGAGAACGGAGUCUCAUCAAGGCUCCGUCCAGCGCCAGCAUCAGUAGCAGCGCGCACGCACCCGCCGCGCCCGUCGCGUCUCCAGCGCCGGCGGACCUGGAGCGGGCGGCGCGCAAACAGUUCCAGCAGGAUGUCACGCCGAGCUUCGUCUACGUCCUGGCCGUGUUCUCCGCGAUCGGCGGCUUUCUGUUCGGCUAUGACACCGGUGUUGUCUCCGGGGCGAUGCUUCUGCUUAAGCGGGAAAUGAACAUCACUGUCCUAUGGCAGGAGCUGCUCGUGUCAGGGACCGUGGCCGCGGCGGCGGUGUCCGCGCUGCUCGGCGGGUGUCUCAACGGGUUGUUCGGGCGGCGGGUGUGUAUCCUUUUGGCCAGCUUCACCUUCUCCAUCGGAGGAAUUGUGUUGGGAUCUGCUCCUAAUAAAGAAGCGCUGCUCGUUGGACGACUCAUAGUUGGAAUGGGGCUUGGUAUUGCAUCCAUGACUGUUCCUGUGUACAUCGCUGAAACCUCUCCGUCUCAUCUGAGAGGACGUCUGGUCACUAUCAACACACUGUUCAUCACAGCAGGCCAGUUUGUAGCGAGCAUUAUAGACGGAGCCUUCAGCUACAUGCAUCGUGGAGGCUGGAGGUAUAUGUUGGGUCUGUCGGUGGUUCCUGCAAUGCUACAGUUCCUAGGGUUCCUCUUUUUACCAGAGAGCCCUCGCUGGCUCAUCCAGAAGGGUCUUACGCAGAAGGCCCGGCGCGUUCUGAGCCAAAUCCGUGGAAACCAGAACAUCGACGAGGAGUAUGAUACUAUCAAAAGCAGCAUUGAGGAGGAGGAAAAGGACUGUGGCGAAGGGGGCCCGGUGAUCUGGCGCAUGUUGACCUACCCUCCAGCACGCCGUGCUCUCAUUGUGGGCUGUGGACUUCAGAUGUUCCAGCAGCUUUCCGGCAUCAACACGGUCAUGUAUUAUAGCGCAACCAUUCUGCAGAUGUCAGGAGUUCGAGAUGACAGGUUGGCCAUCUGGCUAGUGACUGUGACAGCAUUCACCAAUUUCCUCUUUACCCUGCUAGGUGUUUGGUUGGUUGAACGGGUGGGCAGACGCAGACUUACUUUAGGGAGCAUCUGCGGCACUGUUUUGAGUCUUUGCAUCCUGGCUGUCGGUUUCCUUCUGUCAGCUCAGCAUUCUCCACCUGUCACACUACAUCUGACAGACCCCACAACACCCAACUCCAGCUGCACAGCUUAUGCGUCUUGUGAACCAUGCAUGUUGGACCCUGUCUGUGGUUACUGUUAUCAGGAAAACAACACUGCUGUGUUUGCCUCCUCAUGUGUACCAGUCAAUCCGGCUUCUACUGAGAGAGCAGCGUGGGGCAGGUGCUCCAACAACACAUAUGUGGUGGAUAGUGCUAUAUGGGCUUAUAACUUUUGCCCAACCUCUUACUCAUGGGUUGUUCUACUGGGAUUAGUGCUUUAUCUUGCUUGCUUUGCCCCAGGCAUGGGACCAAUGCCCUGGACCGUAAAUUCUGAAAUUUAUCCUCUGUGGGCCAGAAGCACAGGCAACGCUUGUUCAGCUGGGGUGAAUUGGACCUUUAAUGUGCUGGUGUCUCUAACGUUCCUCCACAUGGCCCAGUACCUGACUUACUACGGUGCAUUCUUCCUCUAUUCUUCUUUGGCCCUGAUUGGUUUCUUUUUUAUUUACGGCUGUCUCCCCGAGACUAAGGGCAGACGACUGGAGGAGAUCGAGUCGCUGUUUGAAAACCAGCUGUGCUCGUGCGGUAUCUCAGAUUCAGACGAGGAUCGGCAGGUCGAAUACAUCAGGGUCAAAGGGUCAAACUACCACCUGUCGGACAACGAUGUGUCAGAUGUUGAAUAACAGGUAGAAGGGGAUGAGAAGGUAUCGAUUGAACAGACUCGCUCAACCCUGAUCCGCCUGCUGUAACGAUCAGGUUGAGUCCCUUUCAUCUCGAUGUUCACUGAGAUGGUGAAAACAGGGUUGCAGAGCACACACAAAUAAAAACAUGCAGUGCCAAGUCAGUUGUUAUAGUGUUGUCAGUGGUUUUGCAUUGCGGCACAUGCAGAUCUACUGGCAAAUUACUUAUAUCCUCUGCUUAUUUAUGUGUAAUAUAUGCAGAAGGAUGUUGUUUUUUUCUGAUGUAGUGUUUAAUGCGAACACAAUGCAAAUUUUAUAUCUAAAAAUGACCUUAAAUUAAAAAUACUAACCUGAUUCAAUCAGUGACGGCUGGUGACUUAUUUUUUUGAAGCGCACGAUGCGAAGUUCGUCACAACAUGUAUGUAGCUUGUCAUGUGUGUGGUUCGUCAUUUCAAAAUAUGUGUUCUGCGCUUUGAGAGAUCGUGUGUGCAUCACGUGUCAUGCCAAAAUAAGUGCCUGCUGCCUUGAACUUGAACUUGAAAAGAGACGCUCGCGUUUGCCAGAUACUCAUGCGUAAUCAGAGUUUACUGUUAAGGAAGUGUCUUGCGUGGGAACGUGAGCGUCUCUUUUAUCAUAAACGGUUUUGACGUGUGUGCAGCAGGCACUUAUUUUGACAAAACACGUGAUGCACACAGGAUCUCUCCACACACAGGACACAUAUUUUCGAAAAGGGAACUACACGUGACAAUCCGAACACUUAUUUUGAAUUAGCGCAUCCUCGGAAGAGCAGUCACGAGCCGCCACUGGAUUCAAUUGCUUAACAUCAGCAAAAUAUGAAGAGUUUGGUUCCAAAACGCGAUAAACGCCAUUUUUGAAAAAAAUGAGUUACUGCCAAAAUCAGUAUUAUAUCAGGUCAGUAGUUAAAAGUAAAUAAUUAAUUUUACGCAAAAUCCAAUACCCGCCGUGAUAUUCUGUCAUCUUUUCUCCCUUUUUUCCCAAAAUGCGACAAACGCCACUCCUCCUUUUUUACAGAACGCAACAAAUCCAUUCCUGAUAUUACAGCCCACCAGUCACGCAAUGUAAACAAACAUGGCGGCGCGCUGAGUACACGGAGUCCUAGUUUUCCUCAUCUACUUUGUACUUCGUGAUCAACAAACAAAACAAAAUAAUACUUUAAUUGCAUUGCUAAACCUGUGAUGGUUUUCUGUGACGGGAAAGAAACGUAAGCCAUCAACAUCUAAUAAUUUCCGCGAGAGGCACUCGGUUGCUUGUUCUCCAGACAGCAUCAAGCUUCUCAUGCUAAAACAUUGACCCCAGAGGAUCUUAUGAAAACUUUACAUUAUUUUACUCAAAGUCAACGAAAAUCGAGCGGGACCAAAACAUUUUACAGCUGAUCGCUGUGAAAAUGUAAAGAGACGACGUCAAGUAUAACCGCAGCAAUGUGUUCUUAAUAUAACAAAGUAAGUGUUUUGGUUAAUGCCAUUAAUGUUUAUUUUUUAAUCAUUGUAUACCACUAGUCAACUAAAUAACUAUAAAAUGGUAAAGAUGAAUGCACAUUUAUACAUUGAUUUAAUAGAUUUAUAGCAUUUUGAAAUAAAAAACUGUCAUGGAUUUAUUGCAUUUUGUGGAAAAAAGAAUUAGUUUUUAUAAUAAAUCUUUGAAAAUCAAGUUAUGAUUUGAAUUUUUUAUGUUUUUAUAACCUAAAGAUACUAUGUGAAAGUUUGUAACAGAAAAUAGUGGUUUUAAUCUUGUCACUUUCUUGGUAUAGAAAACACGUUUUUACCGAAAUUUGUCAAAAUGGAUUUAUUGCGUUUUGGAACCAAACUCUUCAUAUAAUAUGACAACGUGUCAUUUUCAUGUCUUGGUGGCCUCCUCAUUAAAAUCUGCAAAUGUUGAGGCUUUAAAACUUGUAGCAAAUCACGUUGUUUGUUUGUAAUAUGGGAUCUGCCUUUGAUUGUCUAGUUUUAAAGUCUUAUUUUAGACUUUAUUACUAGCAGGGCCUUCACUAAAAGUAGAAUAUAAAAAAACGUUAUGUAGCUUUCUGCAGUUUCCUGUGAUAGUGUAGUGUGGCCUUACAAAAUAUGUUUACAAUUUCUUCAGUUUGUUUUAGUAUUGUUUCAUUUCCAAGUUUGCUUUUUAAUUUUUGUAUCAUUUUAUUUGUCUUCCUUAGCCUAGUGUACAAAAGCCAUUGCACCAGUCUUGUCCAUCAAACAGAAAAGGAUAACUGUUUUGACAAAUACUGUAAUAUUCAAUGUUCUGUUGUGAUACUAUGUAAGCAUACAGUGAACAAAUACACACUAACAUGUGCCAAACUGACCUGAAAAUCUGUAUGUCGUGGCUUUAGCUUUAUCAAAAUCAAGUUGAUAGCUAUUGUAAAAUCAAUUUAAAAGCACUCAUUUAAAGGUUUCAGUCUGUUUGGUGAUAUAUAAUUGUGCACAUCAGGAUAUGUGUAUGGUGUUUUAUUUGUUAUGUUAAAUUAUUAUGUAAUUUUUUUAUUGAAUGAGACUAAAGCACAAAGUAAACUAAGACAAUAUAUUAUAUAUAUUCAGAUUUUAAAGAAAUAACUUAUUUUCAGGUCUCUCUAAACCUGUAUGACUUUCUUUCAGCCGUGGAACACACAAGUGAAUGUUUACUAAGCUGUUCUUUUCAGUACAAUGAAUAUGGAUUAUGUUUUUUUUACUGUCAGAUACGUAGCAUAAAAGUAGUUUGAAGCCAUAUGAUAGCUAUGAGGAACAUACCUAAAGUACGUAUUAUUAACUUUUCAUAAUGUACAUUAUUAUACAUUAUUAACUAAAACUAUGUAUGUGUAGGAAUUAAAAUUUAAAUCAGACAAUAUAUUAGGAAAUAGGAAAUAUGCUAUAUGCUAAGAGAUUAGUUAUAGUAUUGCUUUUAAUAUAGUAAAAAGACUUGGAAUAUAGUGCAUGGGCUGUAUCUACUGUACAGUAGACUCUUUUGGUUCUUGUUUUUGACACCCCUGGGUCACUGUACUGUAUGCUUUCAUUGUUUGGAAAAGAGCAACGUAUAGAUUGUUCAAAGCAUCUUAUGUAUUCCACACAGGACAAAAAUCAUACAGGUUUGUGAGGGCAUGACAAUUUGUAAAUGAUAUAAUUUUCUUUUUUGGGUGAAAUGUUGCUUUAAGAAAUUAACCACAUCUCCAAAACAGAAAAAAUGAAUUUGUCUUAUAUGUAAUUUAGAGGUUUAUUAAGCAGUUUUAUGUGUACCAGAUGUAUUUGAAUUUUAGAUUGUAUUUGGAAGGUGCUCCAAUAUGGACAGCCCUUUGUCACUACCAAUGAACAUCAAAUGUUUUUAGUGUAUUUUUUUGUAUUUGUAUAUGUGGAAAAAAUGUAAUGCAGUGUUUAUACCAUUGAUACAAAUAUUGUGUUUGAUUACUGUUGCUGUAAAUGUUUGCUAGAUUUAUAUUCUAUAAAAGUAAAUAUAUGAACUUUGAAAACUUGAAUAUGUACCUGGAAAUAUAAUAUAAUAAAGAGAUGAUGAUGAUAUAUAACAA